AUGAGUAUUGGAAUCCUGCAUCAGAUCGUCUGCCUUGUGACGGACCUCGCAACACUGUGCCUCUUCAUCGCACAUACAACUUUCCAACGUACAGUAGCUUUUUGUGGGUCUCAGGCAGCAGACCAAGCAACCUGCUUACUGGUGGUCGCACCCUCAAGGAGGUCAGACCAAAACAUCCCGGAAGUAGAAAACGUGGGCGGAGCUAAAGUCCUUGGGUGGUGUCACGUGGUGCUGGUACCAGAUGAGUCACAAAGAGAGCUUGUAUCCAUCCAUCCGCUGACAGCAUGUGUAAAACAGUAUGGUUCAAAGGAUGGAUGCAUGGAUGUUGUUAUCUCCGCCGAAGAGCUACGAAAUCCUCCGAAGGAAGACAGACACGCGGGGUUCUGCAUGCCAGGCACCGAGUUCGCUGCGAGCAAGGCUGCUGCUGGCAUGCAUAAUCUCCGCAGUGCCUGCGCUGCCCAUCAGCGGGCAGUGCGGACACAGCGGAGGAAGGAUUCAAAGGUCAUGUGUUGUGCUCACUCAGUCCACAUCGCCGGGUCUCGGACGAACCGUCUUGGUGGGCCCGCUAGCUGUUUGGUCGACAAUUACUACGCAAGGACAGAGGAACCUCUUGCUGGCAUCUGCAAUCACACACCGCAAAGCAAAAAGCAGACAGCCAACAAGGGGACGAGAGACGCAAACACAAACAGAAAGCACAAGCCCUUGGCGGUUUCAUACCAGACCCUUGUCAAAAGAGAAAAGAUCGAAAAAAGCCAAGAGAUAUACGAGACACGAUACGAGCGGAUCCGAACUCUGCGCUCGGCAAAGCUGAAUCGGAAGCUCCGAGUGCCGACAACAGCCUUUUUCGCUUGCGAGUCGCAACCGAGUCGUUCGUUGCAUGGUCAAAAGGGUCAAAAGACUGCAAGAGCCAAGACGGACUCGGAGCAAGAACCAUAUGUAGCAAGAGGUCGCGAAGAAAUAUCAAACGGCGAGUAUGAUUUCGCGUGA